CACCGAACCAGUGAAAGGGAAACGAAACCCUGCACCAACAUAGAGCAAGAGCAAAGACACAUACAUAGUGCAAUGAAAACGAUGCUGUUCAUUCGCCAUUUUUGUAGCAGCACAACCUCAAACCUAUCGAAAAAACCUUCGAGGUACAAAAAGGUUGUCCUGGUACAAGCCCAACAAGCCAUCACUGACUACCUCCACUCCACAAGGUCCAUCCCUUAUGCUCACGCUGACCAGAUUGCCAAGAACUCCCUUCUCACCCUCACCAAUCUCAUCUCCAAGUUGGGUUCCUUCACCCCUUCAAGCUUCCCCAAGACCCUCGACAAGUUCCUCAGGUACAACCCCAUUAACGAGUAUGAGCUUUUCUUUGAGAGUAUUGGGAUUCAUCAUGCCCAACUACCUGCAUUGUUGCCCAAUGAUAAGUUCUUCUUUUCUGAAGAUGGGUCGUUUCUGGAUGCUGCUUGUGCACUUUAUGAAUUUGGGUUUCCUUGGGAUAAGCUUGGUUUGUUGUAUAUGGAGAGUAGCUCUGUGUUUAAGAGGAGUGGUUCUGAGUUGAAGGGUAGGCUUUGUGGGUUGAAAAUGCAGGGUUUUACCAAUGUUCAGGUUGUUGGGAUAUGUUUGGCUUUCCCUUUUGUUUUCUGUGAGCAGGAGGGAGGCGAGUUCGGUGGUCGGAUUGAUGGGUUAUUGAAUGAUCUGAAGUUGGUUUUUUUGGAUUUUGACUUGGCUGGUUCUGUUGAGGGGAAUGCAGGUACUUGGUAUGAGGUGUGCAGGAAAAUCAAGAUGUUUUAUGAUUUGAGUAAAGGUAACGAGGGCGAGAUAGGGGAGCUCAUUGGAAGAAAUAAAGGUGUCAUUGUUGAGCAUGGAGAAGAGGUUUUGCUCCAAAAAGCAGAAUAUUUUUGUAGAUUUGGUAUCAAGAAGGAGGAGGUAGCGCGGUUGAUUCUGCAGGGCUCAGAGUUGUUGAAACUUGAUUUGGAAACGCCGGUGAUCAAUGUGUUGAAGCUAUUGAAACACUUUGGAAUGAGCUCCAAGGAUAUUGAGGAUGUCAAGGGGAAUUAUGCUCAUGUGUUGGGAACAAGCAAAAUGGCUUAUCUUCCUAAUGUCAUGAGGGCUUUGGGUUUACAUGAGUGGUUCUUUAAUAAAAUCAAGGAUGGUAAUCAUCACCUGCUAGUGAGUUAUGUCACAAGCUAUCCCAAUGAAAGCCAUGAUAAAGCUUAUCAAAGUGGUUUAAAGACAAUUAAGGUUUCAAGAACCCCAACUCACAACAUGAGUAAAUUAAAUUUCUUGCAUGCCAUGGGGUUUGGGGAAAAUGCUCUGACCUUGAAAAUCUUUACUAACUUGCAUGGACCAAGUUGUGAAUUGCAAAAAAGAUUUGACUGCUAUCUACGUUCAGGGGUUGAGUUCUCAAAGCUCUGCAAGCAAAUCAGAAUCCAACCAAAGAUUCUAAGCCAAAACCCUGAAAAUAUAGAGAACAAGAUCAAUUUCCUUUGUCAGGAAAUGGGAUACUCUGUGGAGCUUUUGGACAGUUUUCCAGCAUUCUUAUGUUUUAACUUAGAGAACCGCAUUAAGCCUAGGUACAGAUUCUAUAUGUGGGUUAUGGAAAAGGGUCUUUUGACCAAAAACUAUUCCAUUGCGACCAUGAUUGCUACCAGUAAUAAGGAUUUUGUGGGUCGCAUUUUUAAAAUUCACCCAGCCGCUCCAAAACAUUGGUUUGAGCAAUUCUAUCCCAGAAAAUUGCUCGGAUGAUGACCAUAUUUUUUACUGUUGUCACCCAAUUCCAGCAGUUUUUCCAAAUCAAUAUGUACCUACCCUCUGGAGUGGAAAAUAUACAUUUUAGAUAUUGUUGGAAAAAUUGUGACAGAGAUCUCCUUGCUUUGUGAUGACAGUGAGACGUCAAGAAUGACCAACAAUUAUGUUAUCUUGCAUUACUUCAUUUCCAAUGACGUAAUCUCAAAGAAACCACAAAUUCUGUGAACUACUAGUUAUACUUAUCCAAAAUGAUGAUUAGAGGUAUCAUCAGUGGACCGACCAUCUGUAACUUUAUUGGUUAAUGCGUGCACCGUGGGAUGUGUGGUAUUGGUCAACAAAGAGAAGAUUGUGGCCACCCAAGGCUUUCUUUUGGAGUCUCUCAUUCCCUUUUUAGCAGAGGCUGAGAUCAGUGCCGGCAAACUAAUUUCCUGGAAAUGCAUUUCUUUUCUUUUUUCUUUCACUUUUUCAAAAGUGUCUUUCAAGAAAAUCCACAGAACAAAAGCAAUCAAGACGAUCAUCCUGAACCUCCUUCAAGCUCUAAAGUUGAAACAUUGAACUAGAAGAUGAUAUUUUGCGUCUGAUCCUCUUACUUGCAUCUUCAUGUGCGGUGCAAUAUUGUUAGGAGCCGAAAGGAAAUAUUUUGGAUGUCUCUGUCCGUGUCCGUGUUUAGCCGAAAGAAGCUUGCAUAUGCUUAGCUGCACUUCUAGCUAAGUGACAAACAAAUGGACAAUUGCUUCCAAGUUGUGAAGCCAAAAAAAUGGGGUCAUCACUAAUCAGGCAACAGAAGAAACAUCACUUGGUAUGUUAAUCACAAUGAUAUAGAAUGCAACCCUACCUUAAUUUGAUUGUUGGUUCUAAUUUUUUGUUGUAAUUAUCUUCAUCAAAUCAAAGUACUUUCAUUGAA